GGUGAACAGCUUUGAGUUUGAACUUGAAGCCUGGUCAGGUCAGACUGUGCUGUAGUCGUUCUUUCAACGUCUUCUCUAACCCUGGCCAGCAGCAAUGGCCAAAAAAACGAUUAUUAUAGAUAGCAGCAGGCGCUGGCGCCAGGAAUUUGGAAAUGUUCGAUCAUUGGAGGAUUUGUUUGGGAAGAUAAAGGAAUAUCAGGAGGAAAACAACAAAGAAGAAUUCUUGCCUCAUCGGACGUCGUAUGAAGAUGUUAUUUGGCAGGAAGACAUUGAUGGCACAAUCGUGGAUGAUAAUGACUAUUUCCUGGACCUACCCAGUGACGUCGUGCUAAUGGCGUGUGCUGGAGAGCGUGUGUGGCAGCCUGAAUUCAAAUGCCAAUCCUCUUCUGACUAUGACGCUGUGGACGGAGGUGAUGGUGAUGGUGCUGCAGACAUUGACCUCGACCAGCAGCGUAGCCGCCAAGAUCAGUACUCAGCGAUCAUCAAGAAGCUUUUGUCACCACCGGUAGCUAGUUCAUCACCGAAGGAUGAACCUGAUGGUGGUGAAGCAUUGAAGGAUGAACCAGAUGGUGGCCGUGCAUCAUCAUUGAAAGAUAAACCCGGUGGUGGUGAAGCGGUGGACUGGGCGGAAGCUAUCUAUUUGUUGCGUGACGCGGACCGGAAGAUGCUGGCUGCUCAUUUGGGAGUGUCCCUAUCAGAUGCUGACGAUAUUCAGCUCGAAGCUGCUGUAUCUAUUGAAAGUAUGCAUAGGGCACGGGAUGAGCGCACUAUGAGGUCUUUGGCCUCCCCAAAGCCUGUUGCAAGUGCAAGCUGAUAUGGCUGUAGUGGAAUGGCAGCUGUCCGGUUUGCUUCGGAACUGCUGCUGCCUUGGUGGCCCAGCGUAAGCGUUUGUUGAUGAUGUCUUUGGGUAUGCAUGUGUCUCUCAUGUGUGUGUUUGGUGCUGGUCAUCAGGCACAUCGAUUCGUCUCCCUUCGUUGUGGCAAUUGUUCAAUAUGUUUUCCUUUACUCCCAAUGUUGUUGUUGCUGUGUUUUCUUUAAAUUCUUUAUUCUCACGAUGUUGUUGUUGCUGUAGUUGUUGUUGCUGUAGUUGUUGUUGCUGUAGAUAUGACUGUCUGUGUGGCUAUUGCUAUUACUGUUGCUAGCCUAGUUUAUGAUUCAUUCAGCUGAGCUGCGUGAGGCGUCCCUCAGAAUUGUGUAGCCUAGUUUAGUACGAGCUUAGUACUCGUACAUGUGUACCUCUGCCUCUGGGACCGCAGUGGAUUGGGUUACUAUGUUUGUAGUUGCUCUUCUUUAAACUGGCUUUGUUCUGUGUUAUUGUGCUGAACUUUGUUUUAACCUCUCUCCAUAAUAUUUAGGUACAUUAGGAUGUGCACAAUGUCAUGUUUGUGCUGUUGUUCAGACCACUACUAGUAUGGCUUGUGCAUGGGUGAUCGUGCUUUGAAACUAACUUUUUGACACUGUUGACGUGCCUACAAGUAGCAAUCUCCUCCAUGUUUCUUGUAUCACAUUAUCUUUUGUUUCGAAGUGAAGAGCAUAAAAAUCAACAAAUUUGACUCACUGUUGUAGUUAUACAUAUAACACCGAAAUGAAGCGUCCUGCUGUGUAAAAUACAACAACUGCUUUCUGUGA